CUGGCCCAGCCUUUGAGAGUCUCUCUGUCUCAGUGCACAGCGAUUCCCAAGGAGGUCACUACAAACUGGGGUGAGUCAGAUUCACUCUGCCUGCCAAGCAUGCUCCAGAGAAGAUGACUCUUUGCGUCUCAAAAGAACAGGGAGCUUGCGGCGAGGGAGGAGAAAGCCAGUUCCGGAGCCCUCCCUAUCCCGGCCCAACCUUUGCUCUAGCGAUCAUGGCUGCCGAGGACGUGGCGGCGACCGGCGCCGACCCGAGCGAGCUAGAGGGCGGCGGGCUGCUGCACGAGAUUUUCACGUCGCCGCUCAACUUGCUGCUGCUCGUCCUCUGCAUCUUCCUGCUUUACGAGAUCGUGCGCGGGGACCAGCCGACGGCCAGCGACAGCGACGACGACGAGCCGCCCCCGCUGCCCCGCCUUCAGCGGCGCGACUUCACCCCUGCCGAGCUGCGGCGCUUCGAUGGCGUCCAGGACCCGGCCUCUCACCAGUGCUUUCAAAUGCAAUGUCAUGAUUUUCUCGAAAGCGUGAGAGUGACCAUUGUGUCUUCCUCUCUCCUUCCAGUCAAGUAUCAUCACGUGGGCAAGCUGCUGAAGGAGGGGGAGGAGCGCACUGUGUACUCAGAUGAGGAGGAGCCAAAGGAUGAGAGUGCUGGGAAAAACGAUUAAAGCCUGCAGUGGACGCAUACCUAUUUUUGUACUUUGCAGACUCAUUUGUAACAUUCCAGUCUGUUUUUAAAACAUGGUGAUUUCAAUAUUUAGAAAAGUUUUGAACUUGCUGUACAUUUUUUUAAUUAACAUCACUAGUGACACUGAUAAAGCUAACGUCUGUCUUAGAAUGCAUGAUAUGUUCGUGUGUCACAAAUCCAGAAAGUGAACUGCAGUGCUGUAAUACAAAUGUUAUUACUGUUUAUCUUCUAUCUGUAGUCAGUACAGGCUGCAUUUGAAUUUGUUUUUCCUGAGAGACAGGUAAGACGUGGGUAUUUGCCCCAAACAGGUAAAAAUGUUAAACGUGCGAAGUCCUUCAAGCAUCAAGGAACAAAGGAUCAACUUUUAGUCAUGAUGUUCUCUGAAAGACAGCAAAUCCCUUAUUUCUCAAUUGACUUAACUGCAUGAUUUCUGUUGUAUCUACCUCUAAAGCAAAUCUGCAGUGUUCCACAGGCUUUGGUAUUGAUUAAAGAGAGGUGUCCAGUAACAAAACGAAAUCUCAAAGCUGGGCUCAAUUGCAAGAAAUCUACUUUCUUUGUUUCCAGUCUGCAUCAUUGUCCUUGUCCUCCUUGGGACCCUCAGAUGCCCUCACUAACACAGUAAUCUACAGUGAGGAUUAAAACAGGAUGUGAACAUUCGAAAGCAAGCUUUGGAAAAAAAUCAGCUGGUUUGCCUAAAAACCUAAAAUACGUGAAUAAGAUUGUAGGACUAUCUUCCCAAUCCCCGCGUUCAUGGUUAUUUCACAUGGUUGGACGUGAGAGAGGGGCAUCCAGAACAGGAACAGGUGAUUGCUCUCUUAAGAGCCUUCACACCCCUGAAGAAUGAGGAAACCGUAUACAUCACUAGCCAAGUGGUUUUUAAAGUGUAUUCAUAAAGUAACAGUUAUUCUUCUGUUGUUACAAAACUAUAGCCACUGCAAGAGUAGUCGUCAAAUGUCUUGGUCUUUGAUAUUGGUCUUUUGGUUCACAAUAAACUUAGCUUAAAUAGACUGUACAGUUGUAUGAAUUUGUAAAAGUAUUAUAUGAACAAUUAGUGAGGUUUCUUGUAGUUGAAUAGUCGUUGUAUUUUCUUGUGAACUGUGUUUAAUGGUUUUACCUCAAAUCAGAAAACAAAAUGAAGUGCUUUGGUUAGUUAAUAAAAUGGUUU